AUUUGAGAACAGUGGUUUUUCCGUUUAUUGGAGGCGCGGUUCCACUGGAUAGAUUUGGAUAGUUCAUAAUGUGCUCCAGCCCUCUGAACCAAAAUAUACCAACAUUUCAUUUCUCCCUUCGCUCUCACUACAUCCUCUCUGACAACAGUCUAAAGCCUUAUCAGACAAACGUUUUUCGUGCAUCUUCUUUUCGGAAUUAUUUUGGAAAUGUCGUUUAUACUGGAGUUUAAUGGGAUCCAGCUGUUUUACAGAGAGCGCUUGUGAGAGAUCAGACAUCAGCAUCAUCCAGUUAUGAAGUGAAGAUCAAAGCACAUGUGGACUGCGUGUCUAAUGGGCUGCAUGAUUCGGAUCUGCUUCUUCACUGAUCUUCCGAUCUUUCACACUUCUCUUCAGGAUGUCUCUGAUGUUUGGGAAAGCAAGAACUUGUAACAUCGUAACAGUUCCUGAGCAUGAGCCUUCAGAGUGUAAUAUUGUGGUUUUGGGAGCAAUGGGAUCUGGAAAGUCAGCACUUACUGUGAAAUUCCUCACAAAGCGGUUCAUCAGUGAAUAUGACCCAAACCUUGAGGAUACUUACUCUUCUGAAGAAGAUGUGGACCAACAGCCAGUUCUAGUAAAAGUGAUGGACACCGCUGAUCAAGAUGGACCAGUCAACUGUGAGCGCUAUUUAAGCUGGGCCAAUGCCUUCAUCAUUGUUUACAGCAUUGACAAUCGGAAUAGUUUUGAGGCCUGCCAACAGUACUUAGAGACAGUCACCCUUUAUACAAAAGGCCUGCAGCCAGAAGUCCCUGUUAUUCUUCUAGGCAACAAGGUGGACAUGGAGAGAUAUAGACAGGUGAGCAAGUUAGAUGGUGCAGCUCUGGCCUCGCGGUUUGGGUGUCUGUUCUUUGAAGUUUCUGCCUGCUUGGACUUCCUGUCUGUCCAGCACAUUUUUUACGAAGCUGUCCGGGAAGUGAGGCGAGAGAUGGAGAGAAGUCCACUCUUCAUCAGUGAAGACAAGCCUGCGAUCAGCCUGACCUCUGCUCCUCCCCUCACUGCCUGCUAUAAAGAGCUGCCAACCCCAGCCACCGCAAAGCUGGUUACGGUUAAGUCCUCAAGGGCUCAGAGCAAACGCAGGGCCCCCACGCUUACACUCCUCAAGGGCUUCAAGAUCUUUUGACUAACUGUUGCCCUCUUCUGACACUGGAGUGGAUCUACAAGAGGGAAUGCUUGUCUUGAAGAAAUAAGUCUGCUCAUUUUGGCCUUAAUGAAACUAACCAGGCUUAAACUAUUACAAAAACUCACAUAAUACUCACUAUAAAAAAAAUACACUGUCCUAAAAUAUAUUAGAGUGCUAAUAAAUAUCUUUGUUAGCAUUUUUGAUUAUUCAAAUGAUUAUCUUUUUGAAUUUUAGUCAGACCACUUUUACUUUUAGUUUUUCUUUUUUUUAAAAGUGAUGGUUCCAAUUUUCACAUAAUAUUUAUUUUAACCCUUUAAGCUCUGAAGGUUUUUUUUAAAGAUUUACUGUCUUUGGCACACAAAAUGAAAGGCUUAUAACUCAACAAAAAACAAAACCAAACAAAAACAAAACAAGGAUGGUGAAGUGUUUAGUAUCCUUUUAAAGAAAACAUCCUGGUUACUUUCGUAACCUUCGUUCCGAAAUGGAGGGAACGAGUUGUUGCAUCGAUGUAGUAACACUAGGGGUCACUCUUGGGAGCCCCAAACACCUCUGCUUUUUUAAAAAAGGCCAAUGGGAAUUGGCGAGUGGAAUUUGCAUGCCACUCCCCCGGACAUACGGGUAUAAUAGGAGCUGGUAUGCAACCACUCAUUCAGGUUUUGUGCUGAGGAGCCAAGACAAGGUCCCGGCCAUUUCAGUGGGUUGUUCCAUGUUGUGGCAAGAGGCACACAACAUCUCGUUCCCUCCAUCAGGGAACAGAGGUUACGAAAGUAACCAGGAUGUUCCCUAUCUGUCGCUCACUCGACGUUGUCUCAAUGUAGUGACACUAGGGGUCCCUAUACAAAACGCCACAAUUGGCUGAACUGUUACGUGUACUGGCGAGGCGAGAUGGGCAGACCGCUGUGUGCCUCGUAGCCAGCGCACCAGGCCGUCACGUAACCUCCCCCAACGCACUUAUGUGUGUCGAACGGUCCUUCGGGAACAAGUCGACUGCCCAACAAAUAGGGACAAGCUAGCCCAGCUGUGGCCUCUUUUCUCUCCCCAAAAACAGUGGAAUUUUUUCAACUGGGGGCCAUAAAUGUCUACGUCGGGGGGGUGUCACUCCCAAGAGGAAGACACCGCGGAGACCACACCCCACCCAGAGAAGGGGGGGGGGGGUAUUUUGAGUGGAAAUACAUCACAUGGUCUUACUGAGUCUUGUCGGAAAUAUGUCAUGUGGAGAAGUCGCACGGUAGGUCCUACCCGAGGGGGGAGAGUUUCUACAAACACGGUGACUGGGGCAGUGGGGCCUCUGCCCAAGGAAGACGCAGUUUACCGACAGAGAAAAGAUUUAGCGGAAGAUAUCACAUGGGGUCACCUACAGAGAACCAGCACAUGGAGCACCUACCACAGUACAGGGCCUAAUUAGCACACGUACUGGGCCGGCAGCGAGUUUCUCUGCAAACUUAUCUGCCACAGGGCUAAGGAGGAAAGUCAUCCAGGGAUCACAGCUUGUAAAAACAAGCGCACAUCUUCACCUCAAGGGAGGGGAAAUUUGCUAUGCGCAAGCGGUACACCCAGCCAGCUGUCCCGGAACUUACCUGCUCAUACUUGACAAAACACGGGACGAAACUGGCUCAACCCGGAUAUUGUAGAACCUCGCAAAGGUGUUGGGUGUUGCCGCGCCUGCUGCUCUGCAGAUGUCUACUGAAGAGGUGCCACUGUUCAGGGCCCAGGAGGCUGCUACACUCCUAGUAGAGUGGGCUCAUAACCCCACGGGGGGCGGCACGUCCUGAGCAUGAUAUGCCAUCAUGAUAAUGUCAACGACCCAGUGGGUGAUCCUCUGUUUGGAGACAGUGCUUCCUUUCCGCUGUCCACCAAAGCAGACAAAGAGCUGCUUGGAGCUUCUAAAGCUCUGUGUGCGAUCCAAAUAGAUGCGUAAAGCAUGCACCGGACACAGAAAUGGCAAUGAAGCGGUCUCAUAUGCAACAAACUGAGCAGUGUGGCCACCGCUGAGGAUGCCAUAUGCCCCAGGAGCCUCUGAAAGUUUCAGUGGAACUGCUGUCUUCUGUCUGAAUGCCUUCAGAUAGUUCAGCACCAACUGUGCACGCUCGUUCGUGAGGCGUGCCGUCAUCAAGACUGAGUCCAACUCCAAGCCGAGAAAAGAGAUGCUCUGAACCGGGGAGUGCUUGCUCUUUUCCCGGUUGACCUGAAGCCCCAGUCGGCUGAGGUGCGUGAGCACCAGGUCCCUGUGCGCACACAACACAUCUCGAGAGUGAGCCAGGAUUAGCUAGUCGUCGAGAGGGCUGCCUCUGCAACCUUCGUGAAGACGCGAGGGAACAAGAACAGGCCAAAGGGGAGGACCUUGUACUGGUACGCCCGGCCCUCAAAAGCAAACCGCAGGAAGGGUCUGUGUCGAGGUUAGACCGAGACAUGGAAGUAUGCAUCCUUCAGGUCUACCACCGCAAACCAAUCUUGAUGCCAGACGCUCGCUAAAAUGCUAAAUCUUGAACGGGAGUCUGUGCAAGUCCCGGUUCAGUACUCGCAGGUCCAAGAUUGGCCGCAACCCACUGCCUUUUUUCGGUACGAUGAUGUAGGGGCUGUAAAACCCCUUCUUGAUCUCGGCCGGAGGGACAGGCUCUAUCGCACCCUUCUGUAUAAGGGUAGUGAUCUCCGUACGCAAGGUAGCGGCAUUCUCACCCUUCACCGAGGUGAAGGGGACGCCGCUGAACCUGGGUGGGCGCCUGGUGAACUGAAUCAGCCGAGUCGAACUGUCCGGGUCAGCCAACGCAACGGGUUGGAAAGGGUGGAGGGUUCCACUCCAGCCCGACACACGCAGCCGCCCGGGCAAGCAUGGCUGCCAGCUGAACAUCAGGCUGCGACUGGGCAACCACACCUGAAGAUGGGAGCCCAGUCGAGUCCUCAGCAUCAGACUGGACAGCCCGCUGUCCGAUGCUGCAAUCAAGAGCUCAUCCACUUCGCGAGCGCCGAAAUGAGAUCACGAACUCGCCCUGAGACGAGCCGGUGGUCUCAUCCCAGAGUGUCAAACAAGCGUACUGGGGAAUGGGAGGUCCGUGGGGAGUUACCCAUCAGAGUGGCUCCCACUGGGGUCCCCAUAUCACCCCCAGUGCUAACCGACGUGGCCUCAAACCCAUAGGUAGAAGGACCGAGGCGGGGAGCUGCUGGGGUGGAACAUGACCCAUCCACGAACGCUGUCUCCGUGUGGGUAGCGCCCAGGCAUGUAAGACCGCGAUCAUGGCCAUCGGAAGCGGAGAGGUAACGACCGCAACCAGGAAAUACACACAAAUGGAGAGGCAUCUUUAAAAAGACGCUCUCCGUUAAUGCCACUCUUUUAAGAAGGGAAAAUAUACUCUUUUAGCUGCUGAAGCACCCAGGGGCGUUCUCUGCACUUCACCAGUGCAAGAGGGGGAGAAGGCGCUGUAAUGCACCGUAAAUCCAACAGCUUUUUGAGGUGAAUGGAUCGGCAGAGUAAAGCUCACUGAACACAACUGCUCAGCUCCGAAGAGAAAAUCUGAACCAGUGGUUGCAUACCAGCUCUUUUUAUACCCGUAUGUCCGGGGGCGUGGCAUGCAAAUUCCACUCGCCAAUUCC